GAGGGAGGUGAGUUAGAGGGAGAGCAAGGGAGAGAGAGAGAGAGAGAGAGAGAGCGAGAGGGAGACAGGCUGCUGCUGUCAGGGAGUUCUGGUUCCAUUUUCAGCAUCGCGGUGGAAAAGGAUUGAGCCUCGGUGCUUGAAGCUCAGCUCACCUCUGCUCUGAUACACGGGAGGACGACAGGAGGACAAGAGAACCACUAACUCCAGAAACCAAAUCCCACCCCCAUCCCUCCCUUCCCACUUUACUUCCCCCUCCUUCAGGCUCCAGAGUCAUGCAGUCCUUCCGUGAACGCAGCAGUGGUUACCACAGCAACCAGCCUUGCUAUCAGCAGGAGCCACAUGAAUUAUCACGACUUGAGACCUAUCGGCAACACCCCCAUCAUGCACACCCGCAGCUUCCGCAUCCAGGUCCCGGUCCCCAUCCAGGCCCAGGUCCAGGGAUCCCAAGGUCAGGAUACGACAGCCACUCAUUGGUAAACCCUGCAAACAUAACCCCAAGUGGAGGCCCAGGGGCAGGAGGGCCUAAAGACUGUUACAGCCAGCAUGCCUUUCCUGGAUACUCUGGAAAUGUAGGUGGAAAUGGAAGUGGAAACGGAGUUUCAGCCCCCUUGCAAUCUAAGAAAUCCUACAGAGGAAAUAAAAUCGCCCCACAAAACCCUGGUCAGCAUUUACAUGGUCCUGGGGGUUACAGUAAUCAUAUGGCUCCAGGAAACUACUCAGCCCAGUACAUGAAUGAGGGUCACCUCCAGCAGAAGUGGGAAGAUCCUGCCCAGCUAACACAGUAUGAACAAGAACUUGUUGGCCGCAUUGAAACCGGUGGCAACCCCGCACAGGGCUCUUCACAGUACAUGGACCAGAAUGUGCUGAGUAACUCACAGAGCCAAUGCCAUCAGCCUGCAACGCAAUCAUACACCAGCCCGCACCACCAGACACACCCAGCUAACCCUGCUUCAUCCCCGCUCAUGUACCCUCAAAGUCACCUUCACUAUCCCCAGCACUCCCCAUCUCCCUCACCGUACAUGGAAAAGUGUAGUCCAAUGCCCCACUGUUAUAAGGGUUACAACAUACCCCCAAACGCACAAUAUGGCAGGCAAAUGAGCAGCCACAGUAAUGUCAAGCCUGGAGGGUAUAGACAAACCCAGAACAGCUAUGGCUAUCAGCAAGCCUCUUCCAGAAGUUAUGAGCAGCAAGCCCCUUUACAAACACUUACCAAUCCCCAGGAUUCUCAUCCUAAAUACCAACACUACAGUCAACAAAACUAUUGUCUCUCAGAGCUUUCUGUGAGAUCGCCAGAGCAGUACUACCAAACAUGUAGCCCAUCUUCAAGCCACUCCCCUGCUCGCUCAGUGGGGCGUUCUCCCUCAUAUAGCUCAACACCUUCGCCACUGAUGGCGAACCCAGAGUCAUAUCAAUACAGUCAGCCUCCCAUGACCCCUGGAGCAGCCUCUUCAUCUUCCACUUCUUCAGCUGGAAUGCAGGAGCAAGGCACUUCAAACACCAUGCUGAUUCCUCCACGCUCACACCCUUCGCCAAGCAUGCCCCAUGCUGCACCUCAUAGCUACACCACAACCCAACAGGCACCCACAAUGAAAGAGCGCUUUUCAGAAAAGCUUCUUUCAAACCCCAGCUUAUGGAGCCUAAAUGCGCUAACGUCUCAGGUAGAGAACAUCUCGAAUAAUGUUCAACAACUGUUGCUUUCAGAGGCACUAGUGGCCAACAAGAAAAGUAGUAAGCGCAGCAGUGGGGGGAGCAACAGCAGCGCAGGAAGUGCUUCAUCCUCCAAGAAGGGAGAUGAAUAUAAGAGCCCCUCAUAUCCAGAUGGUGGGAGUAGUAUUGAUGGAGGCCAAACACAGGACCCUUUCACAACAAUGCAGAAUCAGCCAACGCCCAUAGAGCUCCAUGAAGGAGGUUACUCCAGCAGCAGUGAUGAACAGUUGGAGAGAGGCUUCUACUACUGCAGUCAGGGCAGAAGCCCAGCACAGUCCGGAAACAAUACUCACCUCAGUCUAGACACAGUCUCCUCAUGCUCCAUGACAUCACCAGAUGAUAUGUCAAGUAGGUCGGGGGACUCGGGUGUUCACAACCUAACACCCGACCCUAUUAGAUGCCCGUCAGUGCAAGGAGGAGACGGAGUGAGUACCCCUGGAAAGAGCAUUGGUGAUGAAAGGUCUCCAACAAGCAUCACAACGAUAUCCAGUCCAACGAAACAGGACUCCCCAUUGGAUAUACAGAAUCAAAGUGAGACUGUUAAGGAAAACUUUGAGGAAACAGCCUGGACUGAGCGAUCCUCCGACAAAGAAUUGACAAUAGAUAAUUAUUCCGACUGUGAAAGAGAGUCUGACCUAUCCAAGUCAAUUGAAACCCAGGAGAAGUGGAUAGAGGGGAAAGGAGAGUUCAGAGCUGAGAGCAAGAUAAAUGAAGACUUGCCUGAGAAAGAUUAUGGAUAUGAUGAAUCAAUAUACGAAAAAGUACAGCACAAAUACGACCUAAACAAAAAAGAAUCCAGUGACAGUAAACCUGAAUCGCCAAAGCCCGUUUCUCCAACUGCGUCAGAGAGCUCACAAAAGACGUCGACAUUUUUAUCAGUUGGUGAACUUGAACUGGAUCAAUAUUCGUCAGAAAAGGAAGUGAGCUCCGAGAGCACCUCUCCACUACACCACGGUGAGGAGGACGAGACAAAGUCAGAGAAGAUAGUGCUGGAUGAGAAGGGAAAAGAAGAAGACGACGAGGUAACAGGAAUAAAACAUAAUCUGUUCCCUGCUGUGUGCAAGGAAGCUAAUGAAGAAUUGAAGGAAGGCGUGCCCGGGAGUCAGACAUCCACAGAGGAUUACGUAAAUAAAACAGAAAAGCCAGAUGAAGAACACAUGGAGUCAGAAAGUGUCGGGCAAAUUAAGGAUAGUAAGAUCACUGCAGCAGCAGUGCACCCAAACACAGCAGCAACAGCAGUCUCUACAAGAGAGUCACACAUUGGUGACAUUGCUCCGCAGCCACAGUCAGCCAUGCCGGUAUUUUCCGCUCUAAAUGACAAGACAACUCCAGUUCAGGCCAGGGAGCAUAUGGAUCACAAUGACGCAAAGGUUCUUGAGCCAGACUCUCCUCAGCUCCCAGGGAAGUCAAUACUUCCUCCAGCACCUUCCUGGGCAGACACUCCACCUUCCCCAAAGAAAGGUGAUGAAGAUCUGGAGUCAGGUAUUAGCUGUUCAAGUGCUGUGACUCCACUGACCAAGCCAGAGCCUAUGGCCCCUUCAGCACAUCCAAGAGUGUAUGGUCGUAAGCAUGCAAGAGGGAGAAGAAAACUUGUCCACGCAGAAGUGGGAAUCCGGCGACAGCUGAGCUUGGAAAAGGAUGCAGAACAGGAGGAGGGUGGCGAAACCUCACCCAUUCAAAAGUCAUGUAUGUCCCCAAGCAAAACCACAUUAUUUUCUGAUCAACUUGAUAUAAGAAAUGAGGAAUCAAUUGAAAGCCAGACCCCUAAAAUUAUUACUGAUGCUAUUCAAUCCAGAAUGUGUACCCGUUCAUUCAAUACUCCAGAAUUACCACCCAAAAUCGAGUCUCAUAAGAAGCGGAAAUUGGACCAAAAGAGUCCAAAACCUGGACCUAAAACAGAGCCUAAUUACAGCUCAAAACCAGGUCCUAAGCCAGGAAGGAAGCCAGGACCUAAACCCAAACCAGGGCCAAAACCUGAGGUCAAGUCUGGGUCAAAACCUGGACCCAAACCAGGUCCAAAACCUUCACUUCACUCAUCGGACCUGGAAGUAAAAGAAGAGGCAACCGCCAAACGAAAACCAGGACCAAAACCUGGUUUAAAGCAAACCUCAAAGCCUGAUCCGAAAACAGUUCAGAAGUCAGAUUCUACGCCUGAACACAAAAUCGGCAUGGAGCUGAUUGACACACCACCCAUCAGAGGCCCAGUAGGUCGACCAAAAGGCUCUGGAUGUAAAGCCAAGCAGAUACAGAAGGAGAAGACAGAACAGUUAACCGCAGGUCGAGGCAGAAAAAAAUUAAAACCAGUGGUGACACCUCUCAGCGAGGAUCUAAAACUAGUUAACCAGCUGGCAAAGCAAACAAAUGAAAUGAAAACCUUGGAGAAAGAAGGAAGAAACAUGGUUUUGCGAUCCAGAAAGCCAUUAGAUGAAAAAGUCUCAAAGGAGAGAGUGACUGAGGAUCCUAUCCUUCAACAGACGCCGGUAGAAAGCGUAGCCAGCGUAACAACAAAGCAACAUGAGUCUUUUAACAGUUCAGAGGAAAAUAUUACAGUUCCAGUUGACAACAUCGAUCAGAGUGAUUUACCAGUUUCAGCAGAGCAAACUAAUCUUCAAAAAAGAAAAUUCUGCCCCGACAUACCCGCAGUGCCAAUCAAGAAAAAGAGGGGUCCCAAACCGAAACUGAAACCCCUGCCAGCUGAGCCACCACUGGUCGAAGAAGUUCUCUCACAAUCUACAGUAGAAAAUGUCCUACGGCCCAGAAGAAAGAGGGGGCCACCUAAAAAAGUCUCAGAUGAGCCAACCAUUUCCAAUAUGAACGAAACUGACUGUGGUGACGCUUCUACCUUGCCAACCAAAACAAAGGUCCUCCCACCACGUAAAGGUAGAGGACAGAAAUAUGAAGCGAUGGUGCAGAAAAUAACAUCACCCAGCGCAAAGAAAUACUUGCAACCUUCUCAAAUUGAAAGCGGUCAAAACGAAGAUGUGGCUAACAAACCUCUUUCUCAAUUCCUUUUAACCGGUGAUACAUCACCACCACCUAACAACACUGAUAACGUCGAGAGUGAAGAAGUGUUGAGCACCGAAUACAAACCAGACUCAUUGGAAGAAAUAGAAAGCAUUGAAAUGAAACAAGAGCAAGGAAAAGGAAGGUUGAAUCAGGAGUCACUGACACCAGAGCAGGCUCGGGAAGAAACAGUUGAUGAGACACAAAAAGAAACAGACAAGACAGCCGACACACAUAUAAAGCAAGAAGAACUUAAUGAGGAACAGCCUGAGAAAGUUGACCAGACGUCGGUAGACGGUGCUCCGGACGUCGGUACACAGCCAACAGAGAUGGAUUUAAUAAAGGUGGCAACUGCAACAGUAAAAGGGAAAAGGAAGAGAUGGGCUAUGGUGGAGACUUCAGCCGUCUCUAUAGGUUCUUUGGAAGCAGAGUGCCUUAUAGUUACGACUCCAAGGUUAGCUAAGCAGAAAGCCAUUAAAAACAACCAUGAGAUGCACAUUAAGCAAAAAAGAAAGAAGCGAGAAAUACAAGAAGCUCAGAGAGAAACAGCCCCCAUUAAGGAGGAAAACAUAACAAUAGAGCAAGAAGAAAAGCUUGAAGAGGUUCUGGCACCCACAGACCCAGCAGAAACUCCAGAAAUUAGUACAGAAGCCACAAAACUACCUCAAGUGGUAACUAAGUCGGAGCCCAUCCAGAAGAAAAGAGGGAGAAAACCUUUGAUAGAUCAGAGCAAAGUAAAACCCAGCAAAGCCUUAUCGGAGCAAACUCAUGUGAUACCGACAAAGGUGCACAAAAAACCCGGGCCAAAACCAGGGAUGAAGGAUGCAAUUGAAGUCAUCGAAGCUGUUAUAAGGGCUGCAGGUUGUGAACAGGAAGAAAAGGAGGAAAGACAAAGAGAGGAACAAGUAGAUAGUGAGAGGGAAGCCUCUAUUGUGGGCCCUGUGGUGACCAUGUCUGAAGGACAAACAGAAACCAUUUGUAUGAAGAGAUUUAGACGGAGACCCAUCCAACAAAAUGCCAAGCUCUCUUUCUGUCCCUACGUGCGGAUCAACAACUCCAGAGACUUUUCCUCUUGGUGCGCUGUUGUCAACAGGCCUGAAGACGCAGUUGUCUUCCAGCGACGGAGGAAAAAAGGAAUUCUUCGAAUGAAAAAUCCUUUUACAGUUGCAAAGGUUGAGCCACAUACAGUUGCCAUGGUACAAGGGCCGAUGUUGAAUCCCACACUCACAGAGGGAUCCCCGACGUGUGCCCUCUGUUUCAAGCCCUCAAAUUUCAGUGGUCUUGGUGAUUUAUGUGGACCGUACUACACAGAGAAAGAUGUUCCACGAAAAAUCCUAACCGCUGAGCACUCAUUUAGGAAUGUUUUCAAGAGCAGUGAAGAACCGGGAAGCUCUUCUAAAAAGGAGGACGAGGGAUUAAUAGACAAUCUUAAUAGUACACAAGCGCCCACAGAGGAGAGCAACGCCACUCGACAGCGACGCUACAGGCGCGCUCCAAGAGGGGACAGGGUUGUUCAAGAAGGUGGCCCGAGAAGAUUAACACUCAGAGAGAGAUUCAGGAGGAUGAAGCAACUGCAAGACAAACGCAGUGACCAUGACACUGACAUUAGCAAGGUCCAGGAGAUGAAAGUGGAGGCAGAAACUAAAGAGCACUGGGCCCAUGAAAACUGUGCUGUCUGGACCAAAGGAAUAAUUAUGGUAGCGGGGAGGCUGUAUGGACUGAAGGAAGCUGCAACUAACUCAGCUCAAACGAGCUGCAACAAGUGCCAGAAUCUGGGGGCCUCCCUUGGCUGCUGUUGGAGAGGCUGCCCACACAAAUACCACUUUGUCUGCGCCAAAGAGAUAGGCUGUACAUUCCACGACGAUGACUUCUCAAUCAAAUGUCCCAAACAUGAGGAUUUGUAAAGUAUCUGUGUGUACCAACGCCACUAAAACCACCACCAGACAGCUAGGCAACCACGAUCGAUCCAGCAAGGCACAGAAAGAAAGUCACGCAGUGCCCACAUUCACUGGACCUCAGAGGUGAUGGCUGACAGACGGCCAGGGCGGCUGCAGGAGGAUGUCCUGUCGAGGUGGAGCCGAGAGCAGCGAGGAGUCGUGACAGAAGUGCUGCUCCACAGAGAAAAGUGCUGCUCCCCUCAGCCCCGUGUGGAAGGAGGUCCUUUUCUAGACAGCAGUGUUUAACAGGAAGAUAGACGGUACUUUGGAGACAGCAUGCCUGCAGGCCUCAAUGCACAGAGGGUGGCUGAUUGAAAUGCAAAGCAAAGAGCGUGUGUUCUGCCUUCGGAGGGGUUGCUAUCAUAUUCAGACACCUGGAGGACACUGAUUGGACGGGACCAUCCAUCUGGCCACCUUGUCUGUGAGCCAAAAGGUGUGUACGUGUACGAGAUAAUCAUAAAGCUAUCAUUCUCCAACCACAUCAGCAGCGUGUUUGUGUCGGUGUGAGUGUCAAGGUGCAUCUCCAAACCAUCAGCAGUAGGUACAGGAUUCUCAAAUGGUGUACUCACAACAAAAAAAAGGAAACUGUGUAUGUCAACACUCUUUACAGGUUCUAAUUAUUCUGCUCUUAAAAAGUUAAUGGACAUGGUAUUUUAUUAUAAUGCUCUUAACUUUGGGGAUGUAUUUUGAUGUGCAUUAUGAGUAUCAUCUCUUGGUAUGUGUCAGGAUUUGUGUUCUUACGAUACAAAAAAAAAGAAAUAGUAAAAAAGUCACUCUCUUAAGAACGUCACUACCAUUUGUGCACAUUCUAACUGUAUAUUAAAUCAUGAUCACUGCGGAACAGGAAACAGAUCAGGGCUCCAAGGGUCUGCCUAGGAGUCAGGUCAUUCCACAUCAUGUAAAGCUCAGACGUAUUACUGUUUAGCAUCACCAUGUUGUAUAUUAUUCGUGUCACCCACCUGUGCUGGAAGACAAUGACUCAUUCAGAAUCCACGAAGCACCUGUCCUUUUGUGUAUCUCAAAUGUAGCCUCUUGCACUCUGCCGUGCUUUGAAGAACACUCUGUAGGGAGUCUAAGCAAAAGCACUGGUCUGAGAGACAUAUUUAAGUAUUUAAUAGCGAAAAAGAACGUGCAAAAACGCCAUUCUCUUUUAUGAAGCUCAUUAUUUAAUGGUGUAUAUAAGUAUUUGAUGAUGUUUAAAUGUAAGAUGUGAUGUACUAAUAUAACUGUGUAUAGUAUUUCUUAGAGAUGUUUAUUUUCUAUAAAAUGGAAUACGUUAUUGCUUAUAAAAUCUUAUUAAAAGAAUCGGACAAUGAAAAAAAAUAUAUAACAACCUUUUAUUGGGAAUGUCACUUUAGUUGGAGCAUGCCAUCUGUUGAUUUUCAUGUCUUUUUCUUUAGGAUUGACGGACACAACAUCAGUUUGUUCAAAAUGUUUUUUGUAACGCCAAUGUUAAAUAUACCAGCACCUUUCAAUGCUGCUACGA